AAGCAUCAGUUCUCCAAGGAAAUCCAACCAUGUCAUCCCCAAUCGUCACUCUGCUUCUCGUCGGGAUCUGCUGCCUGUCCUUCGCCCAAGUGGCCAGGUCGGAGUGCUGCACUGCCAGGGAGGUGGUGUCUUACAAGAUGGACAGAGGCGACUGCCAGGACGUGGGCGGCCAUGGAGACUAUCCGCUCAGGUGCGAAGUGACGAUCUGCGCCGACGGAGUUGCCCAGGUGGGCACCUUCUGUGGCCAGGGAUCGUGCAACAUCUUUGGAUGCCAUUGCGAUGGCGGCUGCCUGUUCGGCGAAUGGUCCGAGGACUUUGCGAGGAAGAACCAGAAAUACGGCAUCCACAUCGUUGAUGUCAGGAGGAUACCAUUAUAGAUUCUUUUUCGGCCAUGAGUGCCCUUAUCACAUGUGCAACCAAUAAAAAGAAGCUUUAUUUGCAUUCCCAGAUGCUUAGCAUACAGAAA